AUGAGUUCCGACUACUCGUACGACGCCGAGGCGCAAUUCUACCCCUUCUUCAUCCUCGCCAUCAGCAGCAUCAUCACCUUGCCGCUCGGCUAUACCCUCGUCUUUCCCUCCAAGGAGAUCGAAGCCAAGGCCCCGCGCAUCCAGAGCGACUUCAAGCCCGAACAUGUCGACCUCAUCGACAAGCAGCGCAAGGCUCACGAGAAGAAGCAGCGCCGCAUCGUGCGCGUCAUUGCCGUCCUCUUCGGCCUCGCCGUUAUGACCGGCAUGAUCUACCUCAUCAUUCACACACAGAGCGUCACACAAAAGAUCUGGAACCCAUAUGAUAUCCUCGGCAUCUCUGACUCCGCCGACGAGAAGACAAUCAAGAAGGUGUACAAGCAGCUCUCAAAGAGACUGCACCCCGACAAGGUCAAGCCCGACCCGGCCAAGAACGAGACCAUCGAGUCCCUGAGCAACGCCUACGUCGAAAUCUCAAAGGCUUACCAGGCGCUCACCGAUGAGGAGAUCCGCAACAACUACAUUCAGUACGGCCACCCCGACGGAAAGCAGAGCUUCAGCAUCGGCAUUGCGCUUCCCCAGUUCAUAAUCUCUGACGGCAACGGCAAGUUCGUUGUCCUCGCCUACACGCUCCUUCUCGGUGUCCUCCUUCCUUACCUGGUCGGCUCUUGGUGGUACGGCACGCAACGCAUGUCCAAGGAUGGCGUGCUCCUUGAGAGCGCCAACAACCUCUUCCGCGCUUACGAUGAGAACGUUGACGAGGGCGGCGUUGUCACUGCCCUCAGCAGUGGAAAGGAAUUCGAUACUGUUCUCAAGGGUGACAAGGCCGAGUCUGGCCUCUCCAAGCUCGAGUCCAAGCUCCAGGCCAACGCCGAACAGGCCGGUCUCUCCCAAAAGGACAAGCAAGCCCUCGAGGACCUCGACAGUGGUGUGCGUCGCAAGGCUCUGGCUCUCCUGAGGUCUUACCUUGGUCGCGUCGAACUCGGUGACGCCGCCCUUGACAGCGCAAAGUACGAAGUUGCUCCCAUCGCCCACGCCCUUACCCGAUCCUUCUCUGCCAUCGCCCAAGCGUACGGUAACACUGGCCCAAUUCUGGCCGCUUACUCUACCAGCCAGCACCUCAUCCAGGCUCUCCCGCCCAAGGCCUCUCCUCUUCUCCAGCUCCCCCACUUCACCCAGGACAUCGUUCGCCAGGUCGAGGGAGGCGACUCCAAGGUUCACAUUUCCCUUCAGCAAUUCAUGGAUUUGCCCGACGAGCUUCGCAGAAACUUGGUGGUCCGCAACAACCUCCUCACCGAGGCUCAGUACAAGUCUGCCGUCAGUGUCGCUCAACAACUACCCCAGCUCCGCGUUGCCAAGGCCUUCUUCAAGGUUACCGGCGAGCGCUUCAUCAUCCCCUCCUCCCUGGUUACCCUCGUCGUCAAGGGCCGCAUUAUCCCCCCUGGUAGCGAAAACCUCCCCGAGGUCAACGAGCUGGAUCUGGAAGACAUUGACCCCGCCGAAGAUGACCUCGAGGCCUACCUUGGCCGCAAGAAGAAGACUGUCAAGGGCCCCGACGGCAAGCCUGUCCCCGUUGACGACAAGCCGAUUCUGCCUCCUCUCGCCCACGCCCCUUACUUCGCCCGUGAUCACGCCCCCAAGUGGUAUGUCUUCUUGACCGACUCUAAGCAGGGCAAGAUGGCUGUUCCCCCCUUCACCUUCACCCAGUUCGACCAGCCCAUCUUUGGCGACGAUGGCAAGCCCACCUUCAACAUGCAAACUCUCAAGGCCCAAUUCGCCGCUCCUCCCCAGGCUGGUCACUACACAUUCGUUAUGCACGUUGUGUGCGACAGCUAUGUUGGUUUCGAUACCAAGAUGGAGGUUACUCUUGUUGUUGAGGAGGCGAACAAGGCGGCAGCGAUGGUUGCCGAGGAUGAUAUCAGUGAGCCCGAUGAAGACUCGAUAGCUGGCCAGAUGCAAGCCCUUAAGGGCGGCAGCGUACCGGGCGCCACCAAGCCCCGCAGGAAAGACGACGAUGACUCGGAUGAGGAGAGUGGUACGGACGACGACGUCCAGGACGACACGAGCGAGACGAAUACCGAUACAGAGGAUGAGUCAUGA